AUGCCAUCCAACACUACCGCACACACACUCCUCAACCUGUUUCUAGCCAAGCCUGAGGUGUGGCAGUGGCCAACAUGGAGCGAGCUGACUGGGUCUACCGGCCUUCCGUGGGAUGGGCAUGACGGCGAUUCGACGGUGAACAUGAAGGCAGAUGGUUCGAAGUGGACAGCAGAGGACGUCGUGAGCUGUCAGGCAUUCAUUGAGCAACUCAAGACUCUUCCCGCCAAUGACAAGAGGAAGUUUCUGAACAAGCGCCACAAGGACCAAAGAUGUUCAGCGUUGCAGAACAUCAUGAAGACCUUGGAGAAGUACAGCGACAAGGAUGCGAUGGAGGAGCUGACCCAGAAGAGGGAGACCGUCAAGGACCUGCUGAACGUGGCACUGUCUGACCUUGCUGGUGACGUGGAGCUCGAGAUGCUCUCCCAGUCACUGCAGGCCAUGUUGGAGCCUGGGGACGGCACCCUGGUCGAGGUGCUUGACUUCGAGUCUCUCGACAUGAAUUGGGACACAGGUGUCAAGGAGUUCCAGGAGAUGAACGCAACGCAGCUUCAUGAGCUGCUGGGUCUGCCCAAGGAGGGGCUGCCAUUCUUCAAUCGCAAGGAAGACCCCAUGAAUGCCCAUGAUCCAUGGUCAGAGGAAGGCCAGGAGUGGCUCAAGACAUCGAAGGAUGCCGUCGCGUUCGGUCCUCACUGGCACCAGCUUGUGGGGAUCGUGAAGAUGACGCGACAGAUGCUGGCGUCUCAGCCCAUGUUCAUUUUUGACGAGGUCGGUGUCGGCAAGACGAUGCAGGCUGUGGGGCUUAUCGCUCUGAGGGCAUAUUACAUCCACCACUACCAAAAACACAGUCACUUGCCGGGCCAAUGGGAUCUGUCCUCGAUCAGUGAAGGUGAGAACACGGGCAGAUUGAAGGAUGAGCCUGUCAUGGUCGUCAUGACGGUGAGCCUUCUGUCGCAACUCCUGGCAGAGUUGCGAUGCUAUCUGCAACAUGACUGUUUCGAUGUGCUACCAUAUACCGGCUCACACAAGACGCGCGCUCAAUGGUGGGAAUUGUACUACGUCAAGUCAAAGACCCAGAAGUGUCAGCAAAUUAUUGUCACCACCUAUUCGGCAAUUGCAUCUGACUGCCAGGUGCUUUUCGAGCUGAAGACUCCGGACAAGCAUCUGGGGUCACAGAAGAAGCACGGGUUUGAACAGCUAGUGGACCAGACCGUCUUCGGGAGGCAUUUUGGCCUCAUGAUUUACGAUGAAGCGGCAUGCGCGUGCACGCUGUCAAAGCCGUAUUUCACGUGCAUGGAGCUGCGGAAGUGUAGCGACAGCGUGGUGGUGAUGACAGCGAUGCCGCUGCUCAGUCGUCCGGAGGUGAGUGCUCAAUGA